AUGGACACCCGAGCCGCAAAGAGGCAGCGGAGAUUAACCUCUGAAGGAGAGAUUGAAGCACAAAUAGACAACACGACAGAUUCUAAAAGUUUAUCCGAACAUGCUUCCCCCACUAAAAAUGCCAAAUACGCUACCAUAGGAUUGUCAAAUAGACAUUCUUCGUCGAACGUGAAAGCCCUUCCCUUCUUGUCUCCGCGGCCUAAAACGAUCCCUAGUCAAGGUCACGCCAGUGGCCAAGCUCACUUUCCCUCGCACUUCUCUGAUAAAAAGGGGCAAGAUAAUACACCUGCAAAUGAGCAGCAGCGGUGGUCUUCACAGAGGUUCGAAGUAACGCGUACAGCGGAACCUAUUGCUGAAAUAUUGGAUGAUGAUGAUUCAAUUGAGGAUGACUAUGAUUCAUAUGAUGAGCUGUUCACUCAGCACUUUACAGAAGAGGACAGCAUCGCACAAGAGGAUGUGAAGUUUCAAUCAGAUUGCCAGACUCGGCCUAGCAAACCCCUUUCAAAUCCCACGAAUCCUAUACGAAAACCCACUAACUCUACUAAACGCUUUCUUUUACCUUCGAACUUGGGGGUUAAGACUUUAAAUCAACUUUCGCCCCUUUCUGCACCCGAGAAUGACAAGCGGCCCUGGGCACAGCGGUAUGCGCCAUUGGAUCUAGAGGAGCUAGCAGUCCAUAAGAAAAAAGUUGGUGAUGUGUCUACUUGGCUGAGUAAUGUUUUCACAGGGAGGGACUGGCGUAGACUACUUGUCCUGCGCGGUCCCGCGGGGAGCGGAAAGACAACCACCUUAGCACUAUUGUCGAAAUCACUAGGCUUUGAUAUUGUCGAAUGGAAAAACCCCUCGACUCCCGAGUUCGGCGUGAGCGGAUACUCAUCGGUUGGUGUGCAAUUCGAUGAAUUUCUUGGUCGGGGUGAUAAGUUUGGGGGACUUGAUCUAGAUGAGAUGGCCGAUAUUGCUGGGUUUGAAAGGGGUCGCAAUAAUUCUUUUUCGCAACGACGUGUUCUUCUUGUUGAAGAAUUUCCAGCAAUGUCGAGCAGAAUGUCUUCUAGUCUCUCUGCUUUCAGGCUGUCGCUCCAGCGGUAUCUUGCUGCAACAAUUGACACUGUAUCGAAGAUUGGCGAUCCCGGAGGACAAGCAAGUCCUCCCAUCAUCAUUAUUAUUUCGGAGACCCUCUUGGGUUCCGCAUCUUCUGCGCUGGACAAUUUUACGGCUCACCGGUUACUUGGGCCGGGUAUUUACAACCAUCCAGGCACCACUAUCAUUGAUUUCAACAUCAUCGCUCCUACAUUUAUGAACAAAGCCUUGAGAUUGGUUCUCGAAAAGGACGCGAGUCAUUCCAAACGCACGAGGAUCCCAGGGCCAUCUAUGAUCGAAAAUAUCUCUGAAAUAGGCGACAUUCGAAGCGCAAUCUCUUCAUUAGAGUUUCUUUGUCUAAAAGGCGACAAAACUGGGUCGUGGGGAGGGGGCUUUAUAAGCAAGGCCAAGAAGCCCUCUCGGAAUAACGUAGCCCUCACAUCGAUGGAAAGGGAAUCAUUGAAGAUGAUCACACAGCGAGAGACCAGCCUAGGCAUAUUUCAUGCCAUUGGAAAAAUUGUGUACAACAAGCGUGAGGAUAGAAGUCUCGCAAUGGGGGGGCUCGCGCUCCCUUCUCCUCCAGACUAUUUACGCCAACAUCACCGCCCAAAGAUUUCUCGGGUUUCUGUUGAUGAACUUGUGGAUGAGACAGGAACUGAUAUCCAGACAUUCAUUAGCGCCCUACAUGAAAAUUACGUGCCGUCAUGUGAUGGCUUGUCAUUUACAGGUUCCCUUAACGGCUGUAUCGAGGCAUUAUCAGAUAGCGACAUAUUGUCUGUCGACCGUAAAGGUCUCCAUGGAUCUCGGGCAUGGCUCGGGGUUGCUGCAAAUAGCUUCACGAGAGUGGAAAAGCUGAGGCAGGAUGAUAUCAGUUAUCAAGUUGCUGCACGAGGUCUACUUUUUGCUCUCCCUUAUCCUGUGAAAAGACGGUCUACGUCAAUAAGUGGCUCAAGCCGUGAAGGCGACGUGCACAAGAUGUUUUUCCCCGCAUCCUUACGGUUAGGGAGCCAGUCUGAGAAAACCCAAGGGCUGGUUGAUUUAUGGGCAAACCGAUUAUUAGAUCCAUUUAAUGGAUCGAACAUUGGUUCCAAUUUCAAUGGCGACAGUAUAGGAUCUUGGAGGAACACCCAGUUCAGUCAGGAUAUAACGCAACAAGGUGACGAUUGUGAUGUGAGAACAGUAGUGGUGACAAUGCUCUCACGCAAUGAUAUGUUACUCUACCAACUCCCAUACAUGGCUAGAAUCUCGAAAAAUGAAUCUGACAUCACAGAGCUUGGGGCAAUAACUGGGUUUGGUGAGACUGAAAGGCUAAGUAACGCCAUGAGCGACGAUAUUUUUGAUUACUGUGGUGUUUCACCGUUGGAAUCAUUGACAACCUCCCAGGAAACUUCUCAGUCGCGAAAGUUACGGCGUGUAGCCAAGUCUCGAGGAGUCUGCAACGCGUUUGGCCCACGUCUCCCUCCCUCCACCGGGAGCCAGGAGGAUAAGCUAAUAUUGAGUGACGAUGAUAUUGAGGAUGAAUGA